AAGGACGCCGAUCUUCUGGCAUUACCCUGGCAUGGUCCAUCCUGGAACCGCGGCAGUCCGGAGUAACGCGACAGGUUCGUGGCAGAUCGGAGGCUCGCCGUCGGGAGUCCUGGAGAUGUCGGAGGUGCAGGGUGGGCACGGUGCCCAGGCCACCCAGCAGCGCAGAGCCUCUCACAUGCACGCGUACGGGCACCGCGUCUCCGUGUACAGCGCGACCCGACCCGCGCUGACCCGAGCUUACCUGCAGGGACGGGUGUACAACUUCCUGGAGAGACCGUCGGGCUGGAAGUGCUUCGUCUAUCACUUCACUGUGUUUCUGAUCGUCCUGUCCUGUCUGAUCCUCAGCGUGCUCUCCACUAUUGAACAGUAUCAAACCCUCGCCCAGGAAACCCUCUUCUGGGUGGAGAUCGUGCUGGUGGUGUUCUUCGGGGUGGAGUACGUGGUGAGGCUGUGGUCUGCAGGAUGCCGCAGUAAGUACGUGGGCGUGUGCGGGAGACUCCGCUUCGCCAGGAAGCCCAUCUCCAUCAUCGACUUCAUCGUGGUGGUGGCGUCGGUCAUCGUUCUCUCGGUGGGUUCUAACGGUCAGGUCUUCGCUACCUCCGCCGUCAGAGGGAUCCGCUUCCUGCAGAUCCUGCGCAUGCUGCACGUGGACCGUCAGGGAGGAACCUGGAGGCUGCUGGGAUCGGUGGUCUUCAUCCACAGACAGGAGCUGAUCACGACGCUGUAUAUUGGGUUUUUGGGGCUCAUCUUCUGCUCCUACUUCGUGUACCUGGCGGAGAAAGACGCGGUGGAUAGCGACGGCAUCACCGAGUUCUCCAGCUACGCUGAUGCUCUGUGGUGGGGCGUGGUUACCGUGACUACGAUAGGCUACGGUGAUAAGGUGCCGCAGACCUGGAUCGGGAAGACCAUCGGCUCCUGCUUCGCCGUCUUCGCCAUGUCGUUUUUCGCCCUCCCCGCCGGCAUUCUGGGAAGCGGCUUCGCUCUGAAGGUGCAGCAGAAGCAGAGACAGAAACACUUCAACCGCCAGAUCCCGGCCGCCGCCUGUCUCAUCCAGACGUCCUGGCGGUGUUUCGCCGUAGAGAACCCAGACUCACCCACCUACAAGAUGUUCGUACGGAAGAAACCGGCCCCGCCCGCCCCCUCACCGUCUAACUUCAAGAUGAAGAAAACUGUGAAGCCGAGGAGGAAGAAGAACAGCGAGAAGGACGAGGGUCCGAGCACUCCCCCGGUCCCGAGCAUCACCUACGACUCUGUGUUUGAUCAGAGUCAGGACACGAUGUACAGCACCGUAACCUCAGCAGAGCUAAACGCUCAGAGGAGAUUCGAAACCCAGCACUCCUGGACCUCGAUAACGUCCUUCCAGUUCUCUCCUCCUCCAGUGAAGAAAAGCCCGGUGCUUUUGGAGGUGCACCCCGACCCCCCGCUGCAGAGGAGCAGCAGCUUCGCCGAUGAUCUGGAGCUGGACGAGAAGGACACCGACCUCCAGCCCGUCACUCACGUCUCACAGCUGCGGGACUCCCACCGUGCCGCCAUCCGUGUGAUCCAGAGGAUGCGCUACUUCGUGGCUAAAAAAAGGUUCCAGCAAUCUCGUAAGCCGUACGACGUCCGUGACGUGAUCGAGCAGUACUCUCAGGGUCAUCUGAACCUCAUGGUGCGCAUCAAGGAGCUGCAGAGGAGACUGGAUCAGACCCUGGGGAAGAUGUCACUGUUCCAGACAAGUUCAGAGCGAGCCAGAGACCGCGGCUCCAACACUAUCGGCUCCAGACUCAACAGGAUGGAGGAGAAGAUCACACACUUGGACAGAACCCUGAACCGCAUCGCCGAAUCUCUGAACCUCCUGCUGAUGAGGGAGCGCCGGCCGAGCGAGGCGGCGGCAGCAUCGUGUGAAGACACCGACCACGCUCGCUCGUCUGAUCACCCUCCACCAAACUACCACCAGGUCUCCACCCUGACGUGCCCGCCGGCCCUGGAGGAGAGUCUCUGAGACCCGGCGCGCCCUGUCGGAGGUGAUGUUUGUGUUCCAGAAGAGAGAGGAGCGCUCGUAUUUAAGAAUAAUUAAGGUAGAUGACGCGGGGGAGCGUACUUAGUCACACUUGUUUUGUUUUGAUUUUUAACACUUUUAGUGCCGGGAAAGGUUCAGAAUGGAAAAAUAUUACCUACAUGUUUUAAUUUCAUCUGUUUAAAGACACUCACUGCUUUCUCUGAGCUGACUGGAACUUUUUGGAUCGUCGGUUUGUUGGAGUUUGAUGGUUCAGGAAACUUUUUCUAAAUGCCAUAUGAGAUUAAUAACGUGUUUUAAUAAAA